UCUCUCCCCCUGCUCCCCCAGAUCAACAAGAUGGAGUGGUGGAGCCGCGUGGUCUCCACUGACCCUGAGAUCAACACCAAGAAGAUUAACCCAGAGAACUCUAAGCUGUCUGACCUCGAUAGUGAGACCCGAAGUAUGGUGGAGAAGAUGAUGUAUGACCAGCGGCAGAAAUCCAUGGGCCUGCCAACCUCGGAGGAACAAAAGAAGCAGGAGAUUCUGAAAAAGUUUAUGGAGCAGCAUCCAGAAAUGGACUUUUCCAAAGCCAAAUUCAACUAGCAUCUUCAUACCCCCAACCUUUCCCUUGGGAUCCUAUGCUCCUCCUCCCCCUUGCCUGACCUCUUUGGACACCUUCUACCCUAGAGGAAGGAUUGUAAUGCAGGGCCAGGCACAGGAUCCCUGGCCCUGGGUGGGCCUUCAGCCCCAAAGGCAACUCCCAGGACUGUUCCUGGAGCCUCCAGGGUGGGAGGAGAAAGCAGCUUGUACUCCCCUCUGCCUGUUACAGAAGUAAAGGAACGUUUGACCCUG